AUGAAAGUGCAACUUAUUUUAGUGUGUCUACUCGUUGAGUAUGCUUCAACAACUCUUGAAAGUUUAAUGCAAAUUAUUUCCAUUAACUCAAAGAAGUAUGAUAUGUAUGGUUGGGAAUAUGUUGACUUAUAUGAAGAUGAUGCACAACACAUACCGUUAGUUGAAGAAACACCGAAAUUUAUCCAAAGAAUGAUUAAAAACAACAACAACAACAAUUGGAAUAAACCUAUACUAAAGAAUAAUGAGUUUCUUAGUCAUCUGAAUGCAUCUAAUUUACCAUGGACAUAUAAUAAUUAUCUUACAACUUCGAUUAGGUAUAUUCUACUGCGUUGGCAUGAAAUCAUCGAUGAGUGUUAUUCAUAUGUGAAAGAUGAACACCUUAAACCGUUGUGUAGCAUUCAGUUCGGUCAAAAAGCGUAUUGUAGUAAUGGCAGUAUAAAGAAAUUUUCUCAAAGUCUUGUAGGAAAAGUGAAACUGUUUCCUCUAACAUCAGAUGCAUCUAUUAAUAAUAUGGCUAUUGAAAGUAUUCUACUAUCGAAUUGUGCCUAUCAUAUUAGAGCAAUCCAAAAGGCAAAUGAUUCUGUUAAACAUUUUCCCAACUCAUCCGCUUUUAGAUUCUUAUAUGCAGAGGUUUUAUCAAGGAAUUCGCACCCAGAAUCGUUAACGGAAGCACUUAAGGAGAUCACUGUCGCUGUAAACAUGGAUAGUUCAGUUAUUUUAUACAGGGUAAAAAAGUUGUCUCUUCUGUUGCGUUUAGGAUAUAUGGAAAAAGCCCGAGAAGAAGGUGAACAACUGACAAAAAUAUUAGCUGAAAACCCGUCAAAAUCUUGUUAUCUUCAACAAAACAACUGUCUGCAUAAACCAAUCCAUCAUUCAGAGUCUAUGGCUAUUUGGAGGCCAUGGUUUUAUUUGGGUCUGUUUCAUCUUGUCGAUAGCAAUUUAUCAGCAGCUUCUGAAGACUUUACUAUUGCAUUUAAUUUGGCGUCGUUAACACUGUCAACUGACAAGCCAUUAUCCAAGUCAACUAUAGGAUUACUUAUGUACAUGAAAGCUUUAUCAGCAUUGUAUAAAUCAGAAAUACUAGAUGCUAUGGAACUUGCCAUCAAAGGCGUUCAUAACUAUCCUUUUAUCUUAGACACUAUACUAUUAUUGGCUCAAAGUACAACACGUGCUUCUUUUAGUAAGAAUUCAUUGAAUAUACUUGAUUUAGCAUUUCCACUUCUGGACAGUGCCGUUAAUGAUCCAUCCAGUCCUGCUUUCGUUGAGACAUAUACUGAGCUAAAACUAGUCAAGCAUCAAAUUAUACAAUUACGUGCUCUAGUCAAUUAUAGACAGGGGAAUAUACUUCAAGCAAAAAACGAUGCAACGCUGUGCUUAGAUUUAUUUCCAUUGGAUGGACUUUGUGUAUAUAUCAAAACUCUUUGUGAAUUGUGCACUGGAUCACUAAUGAGCGCAAUAAAAUCUUCAGCAGUACUUUCGUACAAUUUAAAUUAUUCACUUGAAAAUUCUUCAGAAAUAUUUCAUUUAAAAUAUCUCAUUGAAUGGAUCCGAUAUGUCCACAGUCAUCUAUAUCACUCAUUAAAUGAUUUCCAUUGGUUAGAUAAUUUUCCUGAGAGAUUAAUUCACUCAUGGAUUCGUGGAAUACCGAUGGGUGAAACUAAAUUCUUUACCACCCAGUCGGGUAUUAUAUCAUAUACACCAAACCCCGUUGUAUCACCAGAUUAUAUGAAAACUAUACUCAAUGAAAAAUCAUCUCAGUCUAUCACCGAAUCAUCAGAAAAAUUCAAUGAAUGUAAUCAAAAAUCAUUUCUGUUAACUAGUCAACCUGUCCAUUGUCAAAAGUUUUACUUAAACCGGUUGAAAAAUUAUUUAUGUCAUAUAGAUGGUCAAAUGGGUGUUCCAAGUGAUUCCGCUAAUUCACAAAGUGAUAAUGCUGCUCCUGAUUAUUCACUUAUUAUCAAUCAACGUCAGCAGUUGGCGCUGGCUGUUAGUAGUCUAUACAGUGCUGAAUUAAUUCGUAAUUUUUGGUGUUAUCGUCACCGGGUAUCGUUUAGUACAUGCUGGGCAUAUUCACAGGAUCGUCAAGCACAAGCAUCAGCUAAUAAUCAUCGACGUAAAUCAUUCAAUAAUAAUUAUCCACCACCUAGUCAAAAGUUUAUUAAUGAUUGCAGUCAGUUAUCACUAUCAUCAUCACCAUCACCACCGUCUUCGAUCAAUAAUAACACUUAUCGACCGUUUUGGUUAAAACGUUUAUGUAAAUUAUUAAAACAACAAGCCAUUGAAAAGCCUUAUCCACCUGAUUGGUUCGUACAAACAAGUAUUACAGCUAGAUUAUUACAUUUAGCUGACCCUUAUGAAGAGUUAGUAUUUUGGAAAGUGUAUACGCCUAAUACAACCGAUAAUAUAUCGAAGAAUUAUGUACAGAAUGAUGAAAAUAAUUCACCAGAUUCUUAUUACGAUAAUAACGAAGAGAAUGAAAACGAAGAAGAUUACGAUGCGGAUUCAAACGGUCGAGCAGAUGUAAAUUCUGACCGACAGAAUAAAGGAGAUAAACAGCGAAAAAAUCAAUGGGAAAAUGGUUUAGUUUGGGAUGAAACAUUUUUCAUUAAAAGUGGACACAUUUUACAUGGACAUGUAGCGUAUAUGCCACAUGUAAUCAUUGAAUUGAUGCUUUUGUUGGAAGAGAAAAUUGGUCAUCUCCCUGAUCAUUUAAAAUUCGACAGAAAUAAUUUUGAGAUUCAUUGUAUAGACCAAUCACAUGAUUAUGGUCAUUUGCAUGUUAAUAAACUGAACCGUGUGCUAGAUCAAAGCAAACAGGAUUGUUUAAUACCCACAUUGAACAAAUUAUGGCGUUAUGCACAAAUUGCAGAGUUAUUCGAUGAAAAUUUCAAUGUUUUUAUAAAUCUCUAUGUUCCUGGGACUAUGUACCUCAAUACAGACUAUACAUUACGUUCACCAUCCUCAUCAUGGGAUUCUAAGCCUAUUAAGCGUCAUUUAGCUGUUGUUUUAAAGUUUACUAAACAUCCUGAAGAUAAUACGUAUUCCUUGUCGAUGCUUCGUCUUUCAAACCCUAUGCACCGUGAUAAGCUUAUCGCAGAGAUGGAUUCCGCCUUCGAUAAUUAUUUAUUGUAUGGUGAAAAAGCUUUGUCUGAUAUUUUAGCCAGCCCAAAUAUCAAAGGUGAUUUUGUUGAUUCAUCCUCAUUUACUGAAAAUAAACACUUACAAAAUGCAUUGCAAAGCAUAUUUGAUUGGCUUUAUUACUGGAGUAUACUGAAACCUAUUGCAUCGUAUCAUAGUUUCCGCAUUGGUUACAGUAUGGCAUUGGGUAUGUUACGUGCCAUAGGAUUGCAGCCAACUGUAUUUUUGCCUAAAUCCAAAAUUGAUCUAGAAAUGGAGUCCAUAUUCAUUGGUUCAUCUGAAAAAUUUGGUGAAUUAUGUCGUAAUGUAUUAGGGCUGUCUGGGUUAUCAAAAUCAAGUCUAUCAUUAUCCUGGGAAAUUUCACCCGAAGAAGUUAUCAAAAGUCCAAAGCAUUUUCUGGAAUUUUUAAAUUUACAGCUAGUAUCUAACUGUGCUAAGUAA